AUGAAUGCUACCGACUACAAAGAGAAAGUUUCUGAUGGAGACAAAGUUUCAAAUGAUUUAGCAGUGAGUCAGUGUGAACAACAGCGCCACGUUAUAAAAUAUGUUCUUGAAAAAUUGGAAAGCUAUGCACAUAAAUCGGAUCUCUGGCAUUUAAUACAUGCUUCACAUCUACGCCGCAAACUUCUUCGUAGAUCUGCACGCGUUUCAAAACAAUAUUCAAUAUCCGAGGACCUUGUUCGCAAGUGUAUCAAUCAAAUCUUUGUUGAUGUCGAUCAAUAUGUAACGCAACUACAUGAAUUGAUAUGUGAACAAAAAUCUGAUACUUUGAUAGUACUCUUAGAUAACAUAAAUAAAAAGAAUACUGCGUGGUAUACUAUGCAAAUAAAACGUGCGCGAUGCUUAUUUCCAACUCAACAACACUUGGAUGAUAAUGACUUAUUGGAAAAUUAUUAUAUUUAUAUUAGAGAAAGAUUAACACCUAAGCAAAAGUUAUCGAAUGCAACAGAACAAAAACAAGCUUGUCCAAACUUUUCCGAUUUGAAUAUAGAAUAUCAACAGGCGAACAAUACAGGAAAAGAAUAUCUAAAACAUGUUAUACAAAAAUUUCGAGAAAGGAUAAUACCUGAUCUAAGAAUUAUUGAUGAGAUGGUCAAUUUAGGAAUAGCUGAUAUGAAGACGUUCCCAUCAAAAGAAGAUUUUGAAACCAGCAAUAGCUUUCUAGGAAGAGUAUUGAUUUUCCAUCGAAUCAAGGGCGCAUAUAAAACUACCCUACAAAAUACCAGCGACGACUUCAUGCUGCUUCGUUUUGGAAAAAGUUUUGGUUAUAAUGCAUCGAAAAACAUACAUCAAAUUAACAAACAAUUUUCCUACCUUCUAAAUUCAUUCCUCAAGUCAAUAGUGAUUUUGUUUGCUUAUCUAACAGCAGGUUCCAACGAUAGUAUCAUGUCUGUAAUAUCGAAAAUUGACUCUCUUUGGUUAUUCGAUUACGAUUCUUCAGUAAUGAAAAUGAAUAUUGAUCUAUUUUCUCCAGAAUCAAACAUUGAUCAAUGGACAUGGCUGUUAGAAAGAUGGCGCGAUACUUUAAGAACUAUGCCCAUAAUACUCACACGAGCUGGUGCUUUCAGUCGUGUUGUUCGUACAACUAUUGGUAUCGGUCUUGUGCAUCUCGGCAAAUGCGCUGAAACGAUGGUUACAACUGAGUGUACAUCGAUGAGCACUGAACUUAUGAAUGAACAAAUAUUUCAUGCUCUUCAAACAGGCUUCUAUUUUGGUGUUGCUUAUGGUAUAGUCGAUUGUCUACAAGAUGAAAAACACAUUUUGGAUAAUGUGCCAUUGCAUCAGUUUCUUAUUUUUGACAAUGAAAACAGCCAGACAUUAACAUCUUCUAAAACCAUUGAUAAAUGUCUUAGUCUUAUGGAAGAAUUAUUGAGUGGUACUGAGUUUGAUAGAAGUCAACUACCAGAUAAUCCUUUUGCAUCAAUGCUUGUUGAAUCCUUCGAUAAUCUUUUGAUACUGACACAAUCGAACAAUACAAUGCAUGAAUCUUUCAAAGAAUUGGCUCUUCUCUUACGUUCACAGCGAACUGACACAAAAGAAAUAGAUCAACAUUAUGAUAACGAACAACUAUAUCUAGGUUCUGUUCUCAAGUCACAUUUUACUUAUACAUGCACCACUUAUCUUGGUAAUAUGAGCACAGCACGUGAGGCAAGUGAUCAACUUUGGAUUAUGCCAUUUUUGGGACAGCUGACAGACGAUUGUCGAGAUUUCAAUGAUGAUAUUAGAUCAAAAUCAGUCACUCCAUUUACAUACUAUGCAUCAUUAAUGCAACGUAAAGAUCCGUUCGUUAAUAGUUUACUCAAUCCAUUCUAUACAUUUCUCAAUCAUUGCUCAGAUAUAUAUUUGUCAAGUCAUCGAGAUGGUCAAACGGGUGCAUUUCUUGGCCGCCGUAUUGCUCGUACGUUGCGAUCAGUUAAGAUGACUGGUGAUGAAAGAUCAUUUGUUCAAUUUCUUAAUAUUUUCUGUGCAGACAACCAAACUUUGCAUAAUUACUUUAACAAUAAAUUGCUUAAGCAGUUUCCUUGUGUUAGUGAUCCUGAAAAAACUUUCUUCAGAGUAUUAGAUGUUGCGAGUGUAAAAUACGCGCGAACAAACCGAAAACUAGAAACAUACGUAUUUGAAAACUUAAUAAAAAUCGAGGAUGCAUUAAAUAUUUUUCCUGUACAUACUCAAGAUGAUUCCAUCCUUGAGGAAAAUGUAUUAAUGACAGCAAUGAAUUAUAGUGUGAAAAUUGGUGGUAAACGUUUGAGACCUCUACUGAUGUUUAUGGUUGCUGACUUAUAUGAAAUUGAAUUAAAUCGAAUAUUGCCAUUAGCACGUGGUAUCGAAUACCUACACACAUCAUCACUGAUUUUCGAUGAUCUACCCGCUCAAGAUAACAGUGAUUUACGACGAGGCCAAGCAGCUCUUCAUAAAACAACAAUUAAUAACGACAUAUCAUAUAAUUUAUGCGAAGGCCGAGCUCAAUUGGCUGCUGUUGAUCUCAUUGCGAUUAGUAUGGGUUUAAUUAAUGGUGGUCUUAUAAGAAAUGGUUUUUCAUUUGAAUCCGUUAGUCGAGUUGUUGAUGAAAUUUCUUUAUUGAUGCACGAUCUUUGUAUAGGACAAAUGAUGGAUUUACGUGCAGCACGUGUUGGCAUUGAAGAGGACAAUAAAAAGAUUGAUAAACUUGAUCGUAUUGCAUGGUUUAAGACGGGAAAGACUAUUGAGGUAGUCAUGAUCUUGCCAGUUCUCCUUGCUAAAUCACCAUCAGAUGAGCAAGCUCUCGAAUUAUCGAAUAUCCGAAAAUUAAGCCAGCUUAUGGGAGUUAUGUUUCAAAUGCGAGAUGAUUUAUUAGAUGUUGAAGAAGGUGCCGCUAUCGGAAAACCAGCAGCACUCGACAUCAAAAAUAAUACAGUUACAUAUGUCUCAUUAAUCGGUAUCGAUGGCACCCAUGAACGUCUUCAACAGUUCUUAGCGCAAUCAUUACAGCUAGUGGAUGAAUGCUGGCCAACAGGGUCGGCAACAAUCAAAGAUGUUAUUCAAUAUUUUGUAACACGCAAAACUUGA